CGUGCGACGGCACGCAGAGUUGACCAUCGAGACGGAAUAGCUUGACUUGACUGAAGAAGUUUAAACUUCCUCCCACAGCUUCUGUGAAUAUAACGAGGUCGGCGAAGAAGUCCAAGUUGUUUGAUCGUCGAUAUACAUGAUGGAGUGGAGCUGCACUGUAGAUCGAGGUUUUGGAGGCACCAUCACCAGAUCUGCUGGAGAUUCUGUGGAGCUGCUGUGCUCCUGCACACAACAAACAAAGGAAGAUCCUCAGACAGUUCAGUGGGGAUUUAAGAGAAGGUUCACACCAGGCGACUACAGAGCUGAUCACUCAGUGUUUCCAGAGGACGGCAGUCAGAAUCAGCGCUACAGAGGCAGAGUUCAGAGACUGAAUCAGAAUAAACCAGGAACUGUAGCUCUAAUCAUCUCCCACCUCACUGAGGAAGAUGAAGGCGUGUAUCUGUGCGGGAACAACGGGAGAUAUAACAGAGCCGUCACUCUGCAAGUCUCAACAGGCUGUGCUGUGCUGAGUGACACUGAGAGAAUGUUCUCCAGAUCUCCAGGAGAGUCUGUUCUGCUGCCCUGUCCCUGUCCCCCAGACCAACACAGGAUCAACCCUGACAGAGUCACAUGGACUACAGAUCAGACCGCAGUGUCUAAUGAUACAGAAUCCUACAGAGGCAGAGUCUGGAUGUUCAACCAGAACCAUUCCAGAAAUUUCUCUCUCCUCAUCUCAGAUCUGACUGAAGAGGACUCUGGACUCUACACCUGCAGAGCGGACGAGAAGGAUGUGCAAUAUGUCUGGCUGGAGGUCACAGGCUGCACUCUGUCAGAGAAUAAGCAGACUGUUCCAGUCAGUAGAUCCUCAGGAGAGUCUGUUCUUCUGUCCUGCACCUGCACUGACCUGCAGGACAGACCUGUGGGAGUUCAGUGGAGAACACCAAACCAUGAAGAUCUCCUUCAGCGCUACAGCGGCCGAGUUCAGACGUUUGACCAGAGCUCUCCAGGAAAUCUCUCUGUACUGAUCUCAGACCUGACUGAAGAGGAUGGAGGAACAUAUUCAUGCUGGAUAAACCAGAAUCAGUACAGGAACUUCAGCCUCACUGUUAAAGGGAUCCCUGAAAAAACCUCUGCUGGGACAGCUCCUCCACCUUCUUCUACUCCCGGUCUGAUUAUCAAGACUCUUGAAGCUUGCGAGGCUACUGCCACCCUAGACUGUACAAACAACCUAUUGAGUCAGAUUGACAGCAUCACAGAUCAAGAGUUACCAAAGAAAGAUGUAGAGGACACCCUGAAGUUCCUUAUCACUCAACAGAACAGUCACAUUACUGGAAAAACUAACCAAGAUGGACUAGUUUCCUCUUUCAAUAGAAUGCUGAAUGCCACUGAGAAACUGGUGUCUACUUUGGUGAACAAAGUAAAGACCAACUCUUCUGUUAGCAUCUCCCUUGAAAAUAUAGAGAUCCGGGUUUUUGUAGUUGGACAAAAUUAUUCCUUGAAGGAAAUGCUUCAGCUUCACACACCAUAUGCUGACAUCGAGAUUGAUCUGAAUGGGAUUGCUACAAAUAACAUGAAUCAAGGGCACGCUGCUGUAGCCUUCAUGAGUUACACCAACAUGUCUAAUUCCAGCUUGUUCAGUGCCACUACAAUGACCAACACAACAAAACUCAUGUCCGCUGUGGUUUCAGCGACGCUCCCAAAAACCCAAAACAGAAGCCUUGGCAAACCAGUGAAUUUCACCCUGAUGCAUCUUGCAGAGUUGAGACCCAAUUAUGUCCAUUCCUGUGUGUACUGGAAUGAAACUGAUUGGGUCACAGAUGGCUGUACACGUAUAAAGACCAAUCACAGCUAUACUGUGUGCUCCAGUAGUCACCUAUCAACUUUCGCUCUUAUUAUGCAGAUCAACCCACGUCAGAGUGAAGAUCGCUUUAAAGUGAUCAACAUGGUGGUCGUGUCAUUUGGGCUGGUGUUCCUGGGCUUGGCUCUGCUGACUUUUGCCCUCUGUUGGAAGAACCCCAGAGUGAUCAACACGGCUCGAAUCAACCUGUGUAUAAGCCUGUUAUUGGGCCACCUCCUCUUCCUGCUCACACACACAUUGCUAAAGAAAAAAUACCAGUUGGCGUGUGCAGUGCUGGCAGGCAUUAUGCACUUCCUCUUCCUCUCUGCUUUUGUGUGGAUGUUCAUUGAGGCACUGAUGCUCUUCAUUGCUAUAAAGAACUUAUCACGUCCUAAAUCAAAGCACAAGGAGGUGCUUAACUGGAAGCUUUUAACUUUGGUGGGGUAUAUGGUGGCUUUGAUUGUGGUGGGUGUGUCUGCUGGAGUGGAACCUAAUGGAUACAGCAGUGAAGAGUGUUGGCUUGCAACAAGCAAAGGUUUCAACUGGAGUUUUUUGGGUCCUGUUUUUUUCAUCCUUGCAUCCAACAUGAUCCUUUUCAGUUUCAUUAGUAUCAGUCUGCGAUCUUCUCUGGCUCGCCUGAACAAUCAAGUUUCACAGAUAAAUAAAAACAGGACUAUUUUCUUUAAAACCAUGGCCCAGUUUGUCAUCUUCGGUUGCCCCUGGAUACUGGGUGUCUUCACCGCCAACAGUGAGGCGCUAGAGAUUAUCUUCUUGAUCCUCAACUCUCAGCAGGGCACCUUCAUCUUUAUCGUCCACUGUGUCCUCAGUAAAGAGGUAAGACAACAAUACAGGAAGUUACUGUGUCGUAGCUGUGUGACUACUUACUACGUAACCUCUGUCACUGAAGUCCAAACCACACAAGGAUGAAAUACAAAUCUACAUACUUUUUGAAAUCUAGCUAUGAUAAUAACAUUUCGGUGUUCAGUAGGUUAAAGACUGAAGUACUCCAACAUGGUUUCUCAAAAAACUUAACUUCUUAUGCAAAUGUUAUCAUAUGCAAGAGUUCUUUCUUUUCAAGAGUCACUUGUUUAUGUGGUGUUGCAAGAACAAAUACAGCAUAUUCAUUUAUUAUUCUGCUGGUUAAUUUAGUUUUUAUGAAUAAAGUGUAAUUUUUUAAAUAAAACUGUAAUUUUUUAGGCUGAAAAUCCCAGUCUAUGCAUAUUAUUCUGUUAGUAAAUAAUGAAUGAUAUGAAUGAUAAUGGAAUGAUAUUUUUUUCCUUGUGUGGCAAUGAUAUAACAUUUAUUUGCUGCGUGCAUAGCUCACUUUCCAGCUUUAAUACACAUCAUACUGCCAGUGGCGGUUCUAGACAGUUUCAACUUGGGGGUCAGUCUAGGGCCAGUGGUUAUGUUAGAGGGGCCGAAUGCUUUUUAGCUUAUGGUGCUUUGCAGGCAUUAAAAAACAAAUGUAUGCAUUCAAUAUCAUUCAACAUUUUAUUAAUGCAGUUUUCAGUUACAAUUUCAAUUUACAAUUUUGCAUCAUCUGAAUUCUAUAUUUAUGUUUCAUACAAACACAUUAACAAAUGAUCACCUUUCAAUGUCUUUUCUAUGAUUUAAAAUGUUAUUAAUUUUGUACAGUUUCUUAUUAAAUUUCUUUUACAUCA